CUGGAUCGGCCCGCCGUCGGUACUCGCGUGCGUCCGCCUCUCUCGUCGGUUCAAGCCACCACGCCUGACGUGAGGCUGCUCCCGAUCUCUGGAUCUCGCGUUUUGGGCCCCGUUUGGGGUUUUGUCAUUGGCGGCUUGGCUAUCCCAUGUUGGCACUUUGGACAACUCAAAUAAGCGACGUUAGGGAAGACCAUGGGUUGGGUGUCGAUUGUGUGGCUUGUUGGAUAUUAUUAGUGCCGUCUCUCGCCCAUCUUGUGAUGUGUGCUCCGGGUCUUCUUCUAGGCGAUGCUCUAUCCAGUCAAUGGCGGCAAUAGAUAAACCGUUUCGAACCCUUCUGUAACUCGCGGAUCGUUUCUCUGCAACGGCCUUCAAUAACAACAAUUCACACCGUUGGUGGUCGCCAUACCUCACCAUAAUCGGAUUGAGCAAAGAGUCAACACCAGCAAUGGCUGACUCCGAACCCGUCACCAAACCGAAGCAGUAUGGGGACAUCCCAGCAGAGCUUUCCUUCGAAGAGGUUAUCCAAAACCGAGCCGCUUCACCUUGCUCGUUAAGUGACUUCAUGGAUUAUCUCUUCUACGUUGAGCACAAUGCAGAGCCCCUGCAGUUCUUUCUCUGGUACUGGGACUACAUCCAACGCUGGAGCAACCUUCUACCGAGACAAAAAGCACUCUCACCAUCGUGGGACCCAGAGCAGGCCGCCGAGCCACAGUCUCGCUUCAUCAAGUACAGCCACAAGCGAGAACGAAGCCAGAAGAUGAACAAGAUUCUCGCUAUCAUGGAGAUGGACUCCGAGCGGGAAUCAUUAGAUUAUAGUAGUCCAGAAGACCACUCCCGAAGCGCUUCGAUCAUCACCUCCCCGCUCUCCUCACCCGCCGCGAUCCUCAGCCCAACGACCUCGGUGAAACCGCCCGACUGGCAGCCAUUCACAAUCCAGCCCUACCGCGACGAAGUAUGCCGCAUAACCCGGCACUACAUCUGCCCCACGGCACCGCGCAGGCUCCAGCUAUCCCCCAAAGACCGCGAGGCCUGCCUGCGCGCGGUACAGCACACCACCCACCCAACAGCCCUCCUCCCCGCCUUCCUCACCGCCCACGCCGCGCUCCGCGCCCGCAGCCACCCCUCCUUCCUGCGCCACACCCGGCGCAACGCCAACCGCGCCCGGCUGCGCGGGGUGCUCGCGCUCGGCUUCGCGCUGGUCACGCUGGGCUUCGCGCUGGACUUGGUACUGAUGCUCUCGCGGCGCGGGGCGCACUGGCGCGUCGUGUGUGUGAUGCUGUGGUGGCCGGGCCUGGCCGUGCUGGCGGCGGCGGCGAGGGGGGUUUGUGUGCUGUUGUGGUGUGGCGGUGGGAGGGGGAGGUGGGUGAGGCAGGUCAGGCCGUGGGAGGCGGUUGAGAGUGAGGUUGGGGAUGGGGGUGGAGGGGGGGAUGGGGAGGGCCGAGAGGGAGAGGAGGGCAAGGGUGAAGGGGUUGGUGGUGGGAAGGUUGGUGGAGGUGGUGGUGGUGGUGUUGAUGGUCGUCAGGGGUGGAGGGAGCAUAAGCGGACUGAGACAAGCAGUUCGACGGCGAGCAUGGUUAGUAGUGCGAGCAGCACGGCGAGCCGGGUUGACCCGUUGCGGAAACCGAGUUUACAGGUGUUUGGGCCGGCGAAUGAGUACGCGGGUGAGGCGUGGAGGGCUGAGUACGAAGCGAAGGGAGUGGUGAACAGGGUGUUUGAUGAGACGGUGGUGGUGCAGAACAAGGCGCUCAAGAUGUGGCAGGACCGGACCAUCUUCGUUGCUCUGCUGUGGGGAGGGGCAGGGGCGGCGGCGUUGACGGUAGUGUCGUUGUUUGUACCGAGUGGGAGGUUGUAUUGGUAG